AUGGUGUCGUUGCUGGCUGCAGCAGUCUGCUUCUGGAUUAAUACUCUCCUGCUUUGUUCGCAUGCGCUCGCCGCAAGCCUGCAGCCUCAAAUCCCCUCCAUUGCGUCAUUCACGUCCGCUGGAGACAGUUUCCAGCUCUCUCCUAAUGUCCGCAUCAUCGUCGACAGCGCGCAUGGCCUUGAAGGAGCGCCAUCUGCAUUGUCUUAUGCCCAGACAUUUCGCUCAGACCUUAUGAGUGUUGCGGGCUUUGCUCACGUACCGCCUGUGGAGGUGCUUCCCGGAGGCACUGGGUUCGCCGGUGCACCCGUCAUCUAUAUUGCGAUCGAUCCGACGAUGCAAUUCGCGUUAUACAACGGCGAACCCACGCUGGAAGGCUAUGACUUUGAGAUCACUGAAUACACUUACACGAUCAAGGUUGCCGCUGCCAUCGGCGCGUGGUGGGGCGCUGUGACCAUGCUACAGCAGGUAGCCCUAACGGCCGUGGCUGGAGGGACGAACAUCUCGCUCCCAACAGGCGCAGGAUCAGAUUCGCCUGGCUGGGAGGUCCGCGGGUUCAUGCUCGACGCUGGUCGGCACUGGUUCGACACCGCAUUUCUAUCCGAGCUUUGCAUAUAUGCAUCUUUUUUCAAGCUCAAUGAGUUUCACCUACACGCAUCAGACAACUUGUGGAACCCAGACUUCCUCUACGGAACUGGGAACGAAGGUUGGAAGGACCUGUACGCAGCAUUCCGCUUCCAACCUCCCCCUGGCUCCCCGAUCGACGGUCUCGUACCCAGGCUUAACGAAAGCUGGCCGGAAAACGAAUUUCUCAUGUUCCAGCAGACAUGCUCGGAACACGGCGUCACUGUCAUUCCCGAGAUUGACACACCUGGCCAUUCGCUCGCGAUUACGCAAUGGAAACCGGAAUUGAUGCUCAGCGGCCAGCCAGACCUGCUGAACCUGUCGUACCCCGCGACCAUUCCGGCGAUCAAGUCCAUCUGGCAGCAGUUCCUGCCCUGGUUCACCUCGUCCGAGGUUUCCAUUGGCGCGGACGAGUACGACGCAUCUCUCGGCGACGCCUACGUCUCUUUCGUUAAUGAGAUGUUUGGCUUCAUGCAGGCCGAGGCCGGCAAGUCCAUACGCAUCUGGGGCACCAAUGAACCCAGCACAGAGAUCAUCUCCAAGAAUAUCACCAUUCAACACUGGGACUUCCCUGACGCGGACAUCCCAGUACAGCUUCUCGCCGCUGGAUACAACGUGAUCAACUCGGAGCAGGCCUUCCUCUAUCUCGAUGGGAAGUACUCUGACGGCGGUGUGUACCCCUACACGCUAAGCCUCGACCUCAUGUUUAGCGGAGCGCCCGACGGCGGAGGGUGGGCACCCAAUAUCUUCUCGCCCAAUGACCCAAGCAAUAACACAUCCCCGAACGAGCUGCACCUGCGCGGCGGGAUUAUGGCCCUCUGGUCUGACUGGGGAAACAAUGCAACGACCAUGCUCGAGGACUACUAUCAGCUCGCACAGAGCCUUGCAGUCGUUGGCGAGAAGACAUGGGCGGGCUCUGGCAUGCGCGCGUCCGAGCUCUCGCGCGCUGAGUUCGAGGCCGCGUACCCGAUCCUAAACGCAGCCGCGCCAGGCCAGAACCUCAACCGCGUCGUGCUACCGGAGUAUGGCGAUGUCGUGUACAAAUAUCCGUUCACGUACAAUACGCUCACAACACCAUAUGCAUCUGUCGGUCCACCAUACACUCUGCAAUUCAGCGUCAUGCCCGACACCCAUAGCUCUAAUGCAGACUUCUUGUUCUCUGGGGAGGACUCGAAGCUCUACGUCGCAAACCUGACAUUCGAGGCAACCGGGCAGCUGUAUCCGCUCGGAUAUGUACUCCCCGUCGGAACUUACACCGACGUGGAGAUCCACGCCACUGCGGAUUACACAUAUGCAAUCAUCAACGGGGACGAGGGCAAUCCGCGGUACUGGUACACGGUCAUGGACAUCUGGGGAGAGUAUAUGGAGGUGGCCAAUAUGUCUUUCGCAGCUCCGGCGCAGCAGAUUGGUGGCGAAGGCUUCGUAGGAUCUGUCAAGGAUGUUGUACUCACUUUGGGUGUUUGA